GUGCGUGGCUUUGAGGAAAUAUGGCGUUCAGAGAAACGUGUUUAUCAUUUGCUGCUAUAGCUUCAACGUCCUUUCCUAGUAUUUUGUGUUUUUCCAUUUUGAUUGCUUUCGCAGGCUUUGCAAAGGCAGAUAGCGGAGACGUGUUUAGUGCAAGCAACACGCCUACUGUACCCAUCGCCGCCGCUAGGGAUCUACGAUACCUUCUGUACGAUGUGAACCCUCCAGAGGGUUUCAACCUGCGGCGAGAUGUAUAUAUUCGCAUCGCAUCCCUGGUGAAAUCUCUGAGGAAGAACGGUGAUGACUGGGUCCUCGUGCUUCCCCCCUGGGGUCGCUUGUAUCACUGGCAGAGCCCCAACCUCCAUCAGAUCCGCAUCCCUUGGGGAGAGUUCUUCAGCCUCACCAGCCUACAGGCCAACGUUCCGGUGAUCGAGUAUGAGGAGUUCAUUGCUGAAAAUGGAGGUCCAUUUAUUGAUCAAGUUGUGGUCCUGCAAAAUUACGCGGAGGGAUGGACUGAUGGGAAAUGGGAGGAAAAGGUUGAUGAGCGGCCGUGCAUUGACAAAUUGAUGUACAACAAAGAUAAACAGGGCUACUACAGGGGCUGGUUUUGGGGCUUCGAAGAGACGAGAGCUCGAAACGUAACUUGUCUGUCAGCACAAGGUCAUGCCUCCAUCAUGGUCCCGGUUCUUCGACAGAACAUUACAGUGACCUCUGUAAUGCUCGACCGAGCAGAAACACUUCUCCAUGAUCAUUAUGCAGGAAAGGAUUACUGGGAUAGCCGUCGCAGUAUGGUGUUUGCCAAGCACCUGCGUCUCAUUGGAGAUGAGUUCAGAGCAAAGUACCUCAACUCGACAGAUGAUGGCGACCACACGGUUUACAAUGAAGACUGGACUCGCAUGAAGGCCAAGCUGGGCUCUGCCAAAGGGGGCCCGUACCUCGGGGUCCACUUGCGGCGAAAGGAUUUCAUCUGGGGUCACAGAGAGGACGUGCCCAGCCUGAAGGGGGCUGUGAAAAAGAUACGGAACCUGAUGAAGAAGCACAAACUGGAGCAAGUCUUUGUUGCAACCGAUGCAGACCAGGAAGAACUGAAGGAGCUAAAGAGGCUGUUGCCUGAGAUGGUGCGAUUUGAAGCGUCCGCAGAGGACCUGGAGCUUUUGAAAGAUGGAGGAGUGGCAAUCAUUGAUCAGUGGAUUUGCGCUCAUGCAAGAUUCUUCAUUGGAACAUCGGUUUCGACUUUUUCCUUCCGUAUCCACGAAGAGCGUGAAAUACUUGGUUUUGAUCCAAAGACCACUUACAACCGCUUCUGUGGGGAUGCCGAGAAAGAGUGUGAACAACCUACACACUGGAAAAUUGUUUACUGAUGGCACCUUUGAAGUUUGCUACUUUACACACGUGCCAAAGCCAAUGUCAAUCAAGGACACAGUACAGUAUUUGAACUCUUGUUUUUUGUUUUUGUCUUGUACUUUUUUUAUGCCUAGGAGUGGCUGACCUGGAGUAACACCAAGAGCAUAUUGUUCUGCCAAACAGUCUCAUUUGCAUAAUAUUUGAAGACAGAUUUCAAUUGGCGUGAUAUUUUUCUGUCAUUAAUUACUCAUAUCAUUGGCACUGGUGGAAAAUAUCUUCGGGGGGCUUUUUGUAGAGGAUUUGAAUCAGUGUUUUUAAAUAAGUGGAAUUUGACAUUCUGGAUAUGUUUUUUGUGACUAUAAUUUAGUUGUAUUCGCUAAGUGGCAAUUAUUUCUGCCUCAAUCUUGCAUAUCCUAUUGCAUUUUCCAAUUGAAAAGAUCCACUCUCACUUUUUACUCAUUCUUGCACAAUAACCCGUGGGUUUUUACAAUUUUACUGAAGCAGGUAAUGCUUGGAAUAUGUUCUACACAGAGAGGACAAUACUGUGAGUGUAAAGCACUACAAGUCAUUUUGCCACUUGCUGUCAACUGAAAAUGACAUGACAUGACAAAUCACG